CUUUCAAGUGUCUAUAUAAGCAAGUAGUGCUCAGACUGACUGCUUUAAGGGCAGCGAGAGCCAGACAGAGAGAGAUCCUUUGAUUUUCUAGAAACCCACUUUGUUGAGUUUGCCGUUCUGCUUUGGCAACAGGUGUUUUGGUCCUCUGUUUUGUUCAUCGUAACCUUUACCUGCACAUCCUCCAGUUUGUUACCUAUUUCUUAGGUGGCUGAUCCCAUUUCUCCUUGCUUCUUGUGAGAGAAAGAUCAUAAUGGGGGGAACUUUGGAGUAUCUUUCAGGGUUGUUUGGUGGCGGACACAAGAGCAAGAAGCUCAAGAAGAAGCAGAUACAGACUGUGGAGCUCAAAGUCAGGAUGGAUUGUGACGGGUGCGAGCUCAAAGUGAAGAAGGCCCUCUCUUCAAUGAAAGGGGUCGAGUCAGUGACGAUCAACAGGAAGCAGCAGAAGGUGACUGUGGUGGGGCGUGUGGACGCCAAUAAAGUACUGAAAAGGGCCAAGGCCACAGGGAAAAAGGCUGAGCUUUGGCCUUAUGUCCCUUACAACCUGGUUACAUACCCUUACAUUACACAAGCCUAUGAUAAGAAGGCACCCCCUGGCUAUGUCAGGAAGGUGGAGCAAGUACUCAGCUCAAACCCUGAAAAUAGCAGGCAGGAAGAGCGUUAUAUUACCAUGUUCAGUGAUGAAAACCCAAACUCCUGUUCUGUCAUGUAGAGACUAUUGCCCUUGUACUGUUUUUUCCGAGACAUCUGUACAAAACCACCAGCCUUUUCUUCCCUUUUUGCUUUUGGAAUACAAUAUGCAGCCGUUUUUGAACAAGAUGAGGGAGUAUAGGAUGAAGUGCAUGAACCUUCAGUUGUUGAAUGGACUCUUUGGUAUGUUGAUAGGGUUUUGGUUUGUGGGUCUUUCCUCUUUUGCUGUUUUUCCUUGUUAAUUAAUAAGAAGACUGUAUAGCAUGUAAUGUUCCAAUAAGAAGAAAUGGAGUUACCGUGGUUAUAUUGUACACGGUUAUUUUGUUC